AUGUCGGAGCUUCCUCCUCCUUACACAGUUGUGGAUGAACGUCAUUCGCGCCACAAUUCCAUAUCAACGCCAUCCUCGGAUCGGCACUCACUGCUUCGCACUGACUCGUAUUUAUCCGAUGCUCAUUCCAUGUCAUCGCUAGAUCUUUUUGUGUCCGCUGACGAUUUGCGUGCGCGCCCGUUACGGCAGCGUUUCAAGCCCUCUCGGUCUGGACUGUCUGACUCUCAUCCAGUAUCUUGUUCCACGUCUGCGUUGCACUCUGAGGAUGAGCUUGACUCGAUCCAGCGUUCAAAUCCAUCCAACAGCGGAUUGUCUAGCAUGGUCCCUUCGUUCCUUAGUACUGACUCACCACGCCCCUCCCGCGUGGAAACGACGGAGGAAGUCGAGCCCCUUCAGCCACUGCCCAUGGCGUUUGCCAUCUUGCUUCACUCUUUGCGUUUGUUUGCUGUGGUACCUGGUGCGUAUGGAACGAUGAUCUUUUUGCGGCGUGCCUAUAUCGAGGGUAGUCAGGGACGGUGGCUGCGUGAGUCCUACAAGGACGAGAAUGCUAGCGCCGUGGAGUACAUUGCGUCUAUGCUUUGGACUGUAUGUACUGCUUUCCAUGCCCUCUCUGUGACGACUCUUUUACUACGUCGCUGGUUGAUUUAUUAUACUAUCAUUCCUACCCUCAUUCGCCUUGUCACUUUCCAGUCCAUUUCAUGGUCGCUUGUGCGGCUGGUGUUGUAUGCAAGUGGCCAGUCUCAGCCGCUUGGCGCAUGGGUGGCCGUGUCGACGUUCACGGCCUUCUUCGAGAUCUUUGCCCGUUGGACGACCAGCAACAUUACAGAUAUCGACGAACCCUCUUCGCAUGACCAUGGUCACUCUGACGUCAACGAGACGGGGAUUUCGGACGGCGAGGGGCUCUCGCACUUUGAGCAUGAUGAUAUGGACCAUCAAGACUUGCAACAUCCUUGGGUAUGGCAACUCAGCCGUGAGAGACGGUACCGUUUGUACAGGGAACAGGGUUUACGGUUCUUCCGUGCCUUGAUGGGUGGGCCCACAGACACUGUCGACACGGAUUCAGACUUGGAGCCGCCUUCAAAACAGAGUCUCACUCCUUCAGUCCCCACCUCCAGUGCCUCUUCUACGGUCUCUGUCCGUGAAAUUCAGGAAUGGCACCGUCGUAUCGACGAGCGCCGACAGCGGAAAUUGCAAGACCGUACACGUCGUAAACAUCUCAAGAAAAAGUCACGUAUGUCCAUGUUCUUUCAAAAUUACCGUGCUGCCCGUAUCCACUCACGACGUGUGUUCCACUGGGAAGUGGCUAUGUGGCGCAAUGUCAUGCCUGUGGGCGUAUUGGCCUAUGUAACAUUGUGGAUCUUGUUGAUUGAGUUUUCCUUUACACGCCAUUUACAGUCGUAG